CUCUAAAAAUACAUUUCAAAAUAUUGAAGUUUUAUUUGUUAUUUAUAUAUUUAUUGAACGUGUAAUGUAAGGUGUAGUUAUUAGUUAAUAAAAUGUACAUUAUUACAAGAAAGGGCCCUCUUUACGACCCGGGGUUGUGUAGAUGUUGCGGUGCAAUAAAGAAAUGUCGCUUACUGAAUGUGGAAUACGAAUGGCAGGGUCGAAAAGAAAUUUAUUCCGAUUUAUUUGUGGAUUGUUUUGGACUAUUGCUAUCACAUCUAGAUGGAGAGGCGAAGGAGCGUCUGAUCUGCGCCACCUGUGUCUCCCGGCUUAGAGAGGCGAGUACAUUUCGGCAACAGGUGCUACAAUGUGAAGAAAUUCUGUUACGAACCAAGAUACAAAGUGAAGGUGAUAGUGACUUGGAUUGCGUAAAAAUUGAAGCUGAAAUUAAGACGGAAUGCCUGAUGACCUCUAAUGAAGAUACCAACGAUCAUAAUGACGUCAUAGAUGAUAUUAAGCCUGAAAAUAAAAAAAGAAAGUCCGUGAGGCAGAAGUUGAAGAAGAGAAGAAAGGAGGACGAUCGAGACGUAAGGGAAGAAGAUCUAUACAAUAGCAGAAGAAUCAGCGAGAGACUGAAAGAGCUCGUUAAUGUCGAUCUGGCUGAAAAAUCAACGCAAGCCCACAACGGUUACAAAUUGGACAAUUCUACGCCGUACGCUAAUAUCGUCACGAUAGUCGAAAACUCCUACGCGUGUCCCUUCGAGACGUCCUUCAGCGAUUACUUCUGUGUGUAUUGCAGACAUCUAUUCACUGACCCGAACAAACUAAGAGAACAUACCCUCAAUCACGAUCCGCUGACCUUCAAGGAGGUCCUCUCAAAUAGCGCCAACAACAAGAAAGUCCAAAUAGACAUGUUCCGAAUAGACUGCAGGUUGUGCCCACAGGUUAUAAACGAUUUCGAAACGCUGAGAGAUCAUUUGAACAGCUCGCAUCAGAUAAAAUUGAAUCUAGUGUCGAACGAGUUCCUUAAAUUUAGACUGACUUCCGGUUCGAUAGCGUGCACGGAGUGCGGCACCAGCUUCAGCUUCUUCCACGCCUUGAAGAAGCACAUGGCGGAGCACUUCGGGACGUGCAUAUGCGAUGUAUGCGGCGCGCAUUACUUCGAAGAGCGCAUGCUUGUGUUGCACCAGAAAACCCACCAAAAGAACGAGGAGUGCUUCACUUGCAAGGAGUGCGGGAAGAAUUUCAAGUCCAAAUACUCGAGAUAUAUCCACAUAGCGAGGCUCCACAAGAAGGAAGCGGCUUACCAGUGCAGCAAGUGCGACGAAGUGUUCUUCUCGUACAGCUUGAGAUACCGGCACAUGAUAGACGUCCACGGCGAGGAGAGGACCUUCCAAUGCGAGCAAUGCGACCGAGCUUACGACAGCAGGAAGUCCUUGCGGGAGCACAACAGACGUUUCCAUCUCAAAAUCCUCAAACAUCAGUGCGAGUUGUGCGACAAAAGAUUCUAUCUGCCGUCGAGACUGAAAGAGCACAUGGCCAGCCACACCGGAGAGAGGAACUUCCGCUGCGAGUACUGCGGGAAGAGCUACCCGAGGCUGCGGGGUCUGAAGGUCCACAUGCAGUCGCACAGCAGCGACAAGAAAUUCAAAUGCGUUAUGUGCGAGGCGUCCUUCACCCAGAACGUGAAUCUGAAAAAUCAUAUCAAGAGACAGCACCAAAGCCUGGAAUUAGACGAUUACAACGACUGAUAGGGAUGUCCGUUACGGCAACAUUUACGUAAUAGUACACAAACUCUUUGGUGUCCUCAAAUAAAAUAUUUAUGUGUAAUCAUAAUCGAGUCGCUGGGAGACAAAAUUAUAAAAAUCACUACAAAAUCAUAUCCCCCGCGUAUUAAUUUACUCAAAUGAGACGUUGAAAUUUCAAAGGAGCUAUGUUAGUGUCUUAUCUGUUGCUGGUUUUAAAAGAGCUUGAAUAAUUAAAUUAUCGGUAUUUUUUUUAAUCCGAGCAAAAAACUUGAUCUGGCAACCCCAAUUUAUUUUUAUCACAUAACAUAUUGCAAACUAAGGUCUAUUUUAUCGAUAAAAAAAUAUUAUGAUGAGUAAAUUGUAUAUUCAACAGGUCACGUAUAGAAAUAUGUAAAUAGUGUAUAUUAUAAAUAAAAUAAAAUAAGAUUUGAUGAUUCCUAUUUAUUAUCUAUAGAAAUAAAUUGUAAACAUUUU